AGAACGAUGUACAGCGAGUUAUUCAUCCAUGCAAGCCGAGGAGGAGCAAAAGGCACAUCGUUGAAUUUUGAAAGAGGCGAGCUCAGCUCAAGAGCAUGAAAUACUUGAAUCUGAAGGCUUACGCGACAACUUAAGCAGUUUACUCGAACUCAAGAUGGACAAGGCGAAAAAGAAGUUCGCGUCAGCAAUUGACGGUUUGCGAUCGCAUUCUCGUCUCGACAUCGCAGUCGAUGAGAAAAUCCAGCCUGAACACUGUUGUUUUGAGAAGAUUGUUCGGCAUGGAUUUCCUGAUGACGCACGGUGUUUGGCCUACGAUCCGGUGCAACGCUUGUUAGCAAUCGGAACCGGACAUGGAUUAGUGCGAAUUAUAGGUGACCUAGGAGUAGACUAUUUGCUGCGACAUGAAUCGGAUCAUGCUGUCAACCAUAUCCAAUUUCUAAUUAAUGAAGGAGGUUUGAUUACGGCGUGCGGCAGUGACCUCAUACAUCUAUGGAAUUACCGCCAGAAGAUCCCAGAGAUCGUACACAGCUUACAAUUGAACAAAGAAUCUGUGACAUGUAUAAAUCUUCCCAUGGGUGGAAAGUGGUUAUAUGUAGGCACAGACAAGGGUAACGUGUAUUUCGUAUCCGUUGGCACUUUCCAGCUGAGCCCUUAUGUCAUCAACUGGAACAAAGCUAUCGAUUUGAGUUGCCGGGUACAUCCUGGUCAUAUAAGACAAAUUGCCGCGAGCCCCACAGAGCCCACAAAACUGCUCAUCGGUUACGACAAGGGUGUCGUGGUACAAUGGAACCUUCUGACUAAGGAGAUCGAUCGGUUUCCCCUCGAUCCACCAAUCAAGUGUUUCUGCUGGCAUUAUGAUGGAAAGCUAGUGAUGACAGGUAAUGUUGAUGGUUCGAUAUGCGUGUACAAUAUGAAGAAGACGAGUGAGCCGCAGCAGAAGUCUUUUCCACAUGGGCAAGGACCUUGCCGACCGAUCACCAUGAUUGAUUGGAAGCACAACAACGAUAACGACCAUUUAGUUAUUUUUUCCGGAGGCUUGCCCACCGAAGAUGGUUUACCCAUGCCUGCGCUAACGUUUUUACGCCCUUCUAAAUCCGCCACCGUUCUAGAAAUGGAUCAUCCUAUAUUGUCAUUUGUAACAUUGCCACAAGUUCCCUUUGUUUCGUGCCCACAGCAACCACAUGCUUUAGCUGUUUUGUUGAAGGGCGAGUUAAUGAUGUUUGAUUUGAUUACAUCAGGGUAUCCCUGUAUCGAAUCCCCGCAUGCUAUGGAUUUGCAUGAAGCUCAGAUUACCGCUGUCGCCUAUUAUGCAGAUUGCCCCAGCGACCUAAUUGGUGCACUAACUCUUGUAGGCUGUAAGCAAAGGAAGAAAGGCUUCAGUGACAGGCCAUGGCCUGUGAAUGGCGGAGUUGGAAGGGAGUGUGCAGCUGGCCAUCAAGAAUUAAUCAUCACUGGGCACAAAGAUGGUACGGUUAGAUUUUGGCAAGCCUCUGGUGAAAAUCUUCAAAUUCUUUACCGACUGAAAACUGCACCUCAUUUUGAGCGGCUCGAAGAGAUGGAAGGAUCCGAACUAGUCUCUCAUGCUGUGAAAUCCAUAGAAUUAUGUGUUGAGUCACGCCUAUUGCUUGUUGCUGGUGUUUCGGGUCAGGUCACUUUGUUCCGGUUUACAAAAGCCGAGAGUAUGAAUACGAUUGCGGUUGUUCAAAUACCAUUGUUAGGAGCAUCUUCAAGCAACGCUGAAGAGCGUGCACCACUACCAGUUAACAAAGAAAUGCGGAGACAAAGGAAGGUGUUGAGCAGGGAGUCCACACAUAGUCCGGACACCAGCGACGCGUCGGGCGAUGAACAGAUCCUGCCUUUCAAGGUGCGCGGAGCGCCAGUGAAGCGUCCUGCAGGAUAUCAGCCGGAAUUGGCUUGCCUCGUCCCAUGGCCCUCCACUUCUCAAGCCGACUCUGUCACAGCAACAGCUCUGAAUUCAGCUUUCGGUGUCAUAGCUCUGGGAAUGACCAAUGGCCUCGCGCUAGUGGACAUCGCCCAAUGUGCGUUGAUUUAUGCGUGGACCACUUCCGAGCUGUAUGGCUCUGACCCUACACCUGCAAUACAAUUGCAAAUGAGUGAAGUUUCCUCCCCGAUAGAGCAAGACAUCAACGAAGACGAUGAAGAUGACGAUCGAACGAUAACGAGCAAAGAUUCUAUGUCACCGCAUAAAUCACAGUCAUCAACUAAACCAUCCAGUGCUAACGUUAUGUCACUAUUUCGACGCAACACUACCGAUUUUCCGACGUCUUUACGUGAGCGAUAUCAAGAACCGCGAAGCGAUCAUCCGGAUCGGCCGGACUUAGAUCACGCAGAAAAUGCUCUUCAAGCAGAGCAUGCAAAAGUACAGCGAUGCAAAUCCGAUCGCCAUGCAGGAGGUGGAGCAGGCCUUAUGAAACGACUCACGAAGAAGACGGCAAAGUCACCAUUAGCUGAGAGAAAUCAGUUGACGCGACUGAAUACGGAAAAUCGCCAGAAGUCCGAUCGCCGUCGAGAACUCUUCAAAGCGUAUUCGAUGGCGGUUACAGCGAAUGAACAGUGCAAUGGUGGAAAUUCUAGAGUUGACACCCCUCGUGAUUCCCCUACUGCACGAAACAGUGGAGCGGGACCAUCACCAUCGCUUUCCUCGCAAAGUCUGGAUAAACUGACUUUAGGAACACCAGAAUUUGUAUCAUCGCUUACAUUCAUACAAUCAUAUUCUCGGAGAAACGAUACUCGUACAUCUCCAUGCUUAUGGGUAGGAACAAGUGCGGGUGCUUCGAUUGCGUUGAAUUUGAUUCUUCCUCAGGAUCGACUCAUAUCUACGGUUGUUAUAGCACCUUCAGGCACGGUUGUGAAGAUGAAAGGCCAAAUUAUUUAUCAAACAUUUAUGGAUCACUCAUUUUGUCUUAUGUCCGGUGGUGCCGAACCGUAUAGGGAAACAAGCAAAGAGAGCAAGGACUCUGGCACGCCUGAGAAGUCGAUUAGUAAUCGGGUAUUAACUAAAUCGAGUUUGGCGCCUACGUACUCGAUGUCAGUCGAGAUAAAUGAAGAAAUAUCUCAAACCUUGAUCGUUGUCGCCGAAUAUGAGGUGAAAGCAAUAGCGCUGCCACUAUUCAGCCAACUCUUCGCUUACAAAUGUGAUGAAAUCCCUUUGGUCAAGGCUCAAGCUAGUCAUGUUCGAGGUUAUCCUGUACUGAUGUGCUUGGCAGCCGACGGAAAGAUGGUUGUUCUAUCAUUGCCAUCGCUGCGGGUACUUCAUCAAUCACCCUUCUUACCCCAUUCAGUCGAAAUUGACGAUGUGAUAUGCCAGAGAAUGUCAUUCUCAGAACAUGGUUUGGGAAUCUACAUGGCAAGCCCAUCAGAGGUUGAAAAAUAUACGAUAUGUUCUGAGCUAGCGGACCAAGCUGCCGAGUCGUUAGGCGAUCUCUUCGUUGCAUGUGACCUUCCUGAACCGCCUCGAAACAACAGCUCAUUCUUGAAGGGAGUCUCCAGUAUGUUCACUGGUACACCUCGGCAAGAUUCGUGUGACGUCGAUUCUAUUCUUUCGGAUCGAGAGAAAACCAGCGGUGGAGUAGGCGGAGGAGCUACACGAACUGUGGGACGAACAAUCCCGGGACCAUCGGUGAACAUGGAAAGAGCUCAAGCUGGUGGAGUAUCUGCUGGGCAAGCAGCUGCUAUGGCGUUACAAGGAAUAUCAGAACGUGGUGAGAAAUUGAACGCAACGGUUGAUGCCACCGAAAAUCUGCGAAACACUGCAAUGAACUUGUCACAGCGAACUGGUAAACUAGUGGAAAAAUUGGAGAAGAAAAAAUGGUACAACUUUUAAUGGCGGUUUUUGCACUUGGUGACGUAUCCUUGCGUCAGAUGACGCGUAGUAUGACUAGAUCUAUCUAUUAUUUGUGGGUGGCCCUGAUUUUUUACCUUAUUUCUUGAUUUGCCAUAAGAAUUGUUGAAUCGCUGUCAAGUCUUCCUUGAAUUCUCAAUAAUUCCUUUGGACAUAUAUAUGCUAUAUAGUAUUUGCAGUUUUCCAUAAGUGAAAACAACACAAACUAUAACGGGGCUGAGCUUUUUAUUUUUGUUUUCGCUUGUUCCUAUUUCUCAUUCCAUAUUCUGUCAAUGUGUGUAUCAUACAUUCUUUAUCAGGAGGUUAGAGUUUCACGGCUGUGGCACAUGCGUUCUAGUACACCCUAUUAAUGUGAUAUUUUUUGGUCUAUGAGACACAAUUCCCACCCCCCCCCCCCCUUGUAGAUUUGGCCUCCCUUAGCAGGCUAGGAGGAAGAAGUUUUCCCAGAUGACCAUCAUCGGCACUACCUUUCUAUAUUAUGUUAUCGAUU